AUGGUUAGAAUUAUCUUCUGGAACUCUCAAGGCACACUCGGCCUUGUAUUUCACUGGUAUUUGAAAUUGUUAAUACAGACUCAAAGUCCUGACAUUUUUGCUAUUUUUGAGCCUCGUGUUAGUGGAGCUAAAGCGGAUGGUUUCAUUCGUAAGUCGGGUUUUGAUCAUUCUUUCAGAGUUGAAGCAAAUGGAUUCUGGGGUGGUAUUUGGGUGCUGUGGAGAGACACUGUUUCUAUGGAUUUCCUUGUGGCUUCAAAUCAGUUCUCCCAUGGGUUAUGUGGGGAUUCUGGGAGCUCCAGAAGUUUCUUUAUUUCUUUUGUUUAUGCUCGUCCGGUUGGGAAUGUUCGCAAAAAUGUAUGGAAUCAAUUGCGUACUCUUGAACCAAACAAUAAUAAACUGUGGGUGCUAGGAGGUGAAUUUAAUGCUCUCUGUGGGUCUUAUGAAAGGAAUGGGGGUUCACCAAGAAGAUCAGUUGACAUGGGUUUCAAUGGGCCACGGUAUACAGGGCAGAGCAGAAAUCUCUGCCAGAGACUUGAUAGAUGGAGUGAAGAUGUGCCUGAUGAUAUCUACCGGCCACGUUGCUCUCGCCUGUGGAUGGGUAAGGAUACACCGUUUGGAGAUUGA